AUGGGGCAGCUGCUGGGCUCUGCUCACAGAGGCCACCCCUGCAGAUCCUCUGUUAACAAAACUCUCCCACAUAGACCUAGUUCACAAUGCCAUAGAUUUCAAGAUGAAAACGUUUUUUUUUUCACCAUUGGUUUCCCUGCUGCUUAUGAAGGUGGCAUAAUUUGUACAUCUGUAUGUAUCUUACCCUUUUAACCACUGGGCAGCAGAUGAAAUGAUGAAAUAUUUGUUUAACCUCCCUCCAAUGGCCUUGCUGGGCAGCCUUAUAAACUGUUUCUGCAAUACACUCUCUCAUAAGGAAAGAAUGUUGGUUUUUACAGAUGUUGCUAUGAAACAGUAAUUUUAUUUAUUUAUUAAUUACUGUGUAGGAACUCCUGGUGCUGUAUUUGAAGGAUCUAGAAGAGAGAAAAGAACAAGAGGCUGGUAACAGAAGGUGUAUAGAGCAAGCUGCUAAUGAUCUGAAGGCACACGCUGCUAUGGCCAAAAAGCAGCUGUCAGACAGAAUGACUGAGCUCCAGUUACUGCUUCGCGAAGAGGAGAGCCUGGCGAGAAAUUUAAUUGAUGAAAAGACUCAGCAAGCCCUUGAAGCACAUGGUCAGCAGGUGGAGUCCUGCCGAGAAAAGCUUGCAUCCCUGGAGACCUUCUCAUGUCGAAUCAGAGAAACGCAGCAGAACAGUGAUAUAAUUCAGUUUCUGGAGAAAUCCAUAGAAAUCGAGAAGGAAAUGCAGGAGACGAAGAGCCAGCUAGAACAGUGGCAUCCGAUACCUCUCUCAUUUGAGCAUGUACUCAACUACUACAAGCACCUCAUGACAGUGCUUCAGUCCGUUCUACAGAAACCACUAGAAGUCCGGCUUAAAGAAGAUGUUUUCAGCAGCCUUAAUGCCACCACAAAGAAGGAGCCUGGAACAAUGCUGAAAACCAUGUCUCCCGUUGAUCGUUUGCUUUUCUUAAAACAUGCAAGAUCGCCAACCUGGGAAUACAACAGCCUUCAUCCUAGGCUGAAGUUGUCUGAUGACCUUCUAGUAGUAAGCUGCAAUUGGAGGAGGAUGUUUUACCCCUGUGUUCCCCAGAGAUUUGAUAAAUUAUGGCAAGUGCUAAGCAGAGAUGCGUUCCUUUCCGGGAGCCAUUACUGGGAAGUUGACCUCCUUCAGGCUGGAACUGGGUGGUGGAUUGGCGCAGCCUACCCCUCCAUUGGCAGGAAAGGAGACUCUGAAACCUGCCGCCUGGGCUGGAAUAGGGCAUCGUGGUGCAUCAAAAGGUUUGAUUUUGAGUACUGGGCAUUCCACAAGGGGGAGAGGAUCCCUCUCACAGUAGAAGAUGAUCCUGAUCGCAUUGGUGUUUUUCUGGAUUAUGAAGCGGGGAUCCUUUCCUUCUACAAUGUUACGGAUGGCAUGGCCCAUCUGCACACCUUCCGCUGCAAGUUCACAGAGCCAGUUUACCCAGCCUUGAGGCUCUGGGAAGGGUCCAUUGGGAUCUGCAAGCUAACAUAAGGAAUGAAGUAAAAAAAAAAGCUUCCUAUUUCAAGGGUUUGGUAUGAAGGCCACUUCUGUAGUGAUCUACAUGAAUUACUCUAUGUCAUAUGGAAGAUUCAGCUGUGAUGCUUUUAAAAGGUAACAGUGAAGUUGAAGAAAACCAAUUGUUGUGUUUAAUGUCUAUGUGUUUGCAGUGGGGGAAGUUGAUCUGCCAUUUAUAAAUGAUGUCAAUAUUAUCACCAAAAGUGCCAUACAUUAUAUUUUUUGUACUUGAUUCAAAUUUGCAAAAUGGAAAAACCCUGGA